UAGACUUCCGUUUGACGGGAGGAAGUUUGAAAGCCGCUUCCUUUGGCGGGCGUUCGGUCUGGGCUCGCUCGUUGAGCGUUCCGUUGGUAUGGCUGUGCAUUAUAGGGCCGCCAUCGCUCGUCAUGGCCAGAGCGGCCGUGAAGGCCCUGGUACUCCGUGGCCGCCUGAGCUCGAGGAAGCUGAUGGUGAAGGGGACGUGCUAGGCGGCGUUGGUAGAAGUUGGGAUGCCUCCCGCGCUGGCCUUGCACCGUUGCCGCACGGACCCGGCGGAGCGGGGCGCCGGUGGCCCAGCAGGGCCUGCUCCGUGCUCUGUUGCCUCUCGGCCGUGUCCCUACUCGCGUUCCUGCUGGCCAUCGCUUGCUCCGUAUUGAGAGAUUUGCGAUAUGUUAAAGUGAAAACUGAAGAUAGUACAGAAAUGAGCAUUUUAGGAUUUUGGAGUCUUCUUGUUCUAGCCUUGAUGGCUGGGUUGUCAUGUUGCAGUUUUUCUUGGACAGUGACCUAUUUUGAUUCCUUUGAACCAGGAAUGUUUCCUCCUACUCCACUAUCACCUGCACGGUUCAAGCGAAUGACAGGGCACUCUUUUCACAUGGGCUAUAGUAUGGCCAUUCUGAAUGGAAUUGUGGCAGCUCUCACCAUAGUAUGGUGUCUCCUUUAGUCUGCACUGAUGCCUGUUUCUCAGUUAUGUAGAUUAUACUUGAAACUGCCUCUGCAACUGAUCUGUUCUUGUGUAUGUGCCAGAAUAAUUACUGCUGCUAUAUACUUCUACACAAAUAUUGAUGCCAAAUAUUUUAGAAACCAGCUAGAGACAAUGAUAAGAGAAACCAAAUUGUAACGACACAUUGCGAGGAGAGCCAGUAUACACAAAAUGUCUCGCUGCUUGGAAUGGCUGCUGCAAUGAAGCGGUUUCAAACUGACUGUACUUGGCAGUCAUAUUGUGAUUAUUAACUCUGGAAAAUUCUGUUAAACUGCUCAAUUUGUGCACUGAAUUCAUACUUAUUAACUUGCUAGACUGCCUUUUAGACACGCCAUAAAACAACUAAAAGAUCCUGUUUUGUUAUGCUGCAUACAACAAAAAUGUGGGCUUGUAUUCUGUCCCAAGUGACAAAAGGAUUAAAUGGAAGCAUCAGAAUAGAUUUUUUUUAACUUCUAGGGCAUUACAUUUAGUGGAUUUUCUUACAUUUUAGGUGCUAUUGGUGGUCAGAGGUCACAAAGCAUGUUUAAGUACUUUGUAUUUUAUGAGAUAUGAUCCUGUAGAACAAUAAGACGCACAGUACUAACUGCUUACUGCAGCCUUCACCAACCUUGGAUAUUUUGGACCACAGCUGUCAUCAUCCCCACCCAGAAUAUGCUCUAUCUGGAGGAGGAAUUUCACUGGCAGAAGGAAAGGAAGCAACCUUUUCAAAUUCUCUCUUCUUCUGCAGCUGCUUGCACUCUCCAAUAAUCUAUUCGAGAGGGUUCUUUCUGGAAGCUACAAAUGGCUGCAGGGAGUUAGUUGAAACAGUUAAAGUAAUUUAAAGCUUAAAUUUAAUAUAGUUUUACUUUCCACUUUCUAAUAUAUAGUAAAUAUAUUUUGUAUUGAGUUAAAAUUUAUUCUAGUAUUAAAAGGCAACCUCUAAGAGCUGCACAUCUUUGCUAAAAGGUUUUCUAUAGUAUGAUCUUGAAUAGGUGUGCAUGCAAAAAUAUUUCAAGAAUAUAUUAAAAGCACACAACUUGAUGACCAUGAAAGCACAUUAUUAAUUCUCCUAGUUCCAGAUGUGGUCCUUAAGAUGUUUCGGAUGAUCAGUCCCAGUGUUCCUGCCUAUUGACCAUGAUGCCUGGAGAUGAAACCUAAAACAUCUUGAAGGCUCCAGGUUGGAGAAGGCUGCUCAUCUUUGAUCGUUAUUCUUAUAUUCCAGUGGUGAUUUCACUUGAAAAGAAGGCACUUAAAAAUAUAAUUUGCUCCUUUUUGCUACCAUGCUGAGGUGGCAAACAAAUGUGUUGUUACUACCACUGCCACAAAUGGAGGAGAGGUGUACAUUAGAAAGGUCAGGGUGUCUGCAAAUGUUCUGCACAUUGCUCAUUCAAUAGAAAGUGUCAGGACUGAACCAGAUCUAUAUAGUUUACUAACAGCACAAUUAAAAUAGCAAAGUUGUUCUUCAAAGUAACUAUUCACUAUGUAGUAUGUAUAAAAUUACAAUCAGUACUAGAAUGAUAAUUUAAAUAAUUGUAACUAUAAAGAGAGUUAAUGUAUCAUACCUAUAGUGAUCAACUAAUCAGUGGAAAUAGGUAUUCAGUUUAAGUAAUUAUGUUUACCUGGAUCCAUCCCUAUAGUUCUUAAAUGCACAGUGUUGUACCAGAAAGAAACUAUACAUACUGGGCCGUUCCUGUUCUUUUCUCCCUGUAGAUCCUUCUCCCCCAUCCCAAGAAAACAUUUCUGAGGCUUGGAGGCCCUUGAAAUUUUUCAUGAUGCAACAUGGGGAACCUGCACAGGAUUACCAACGCACAAAGCAACACACAUCAUUUUGGAUUCAAGAUAAUAUGUAGAUGGAGAUAUAGCAAUAGCUUGUUUAGAUACAAAUAGAGAUUUGUAUUUUUUGCUCAUUUGUAUAUGCAGUAUUUUCAUGUGAUGUUCGUAUUAAAUAAACUAUAGUUUCUUACUUUUUAUGCCAA